AAUCAACACACUUUGACUAUGAGUUAGACUGUCCAUCGCCGAGUCCAGCAAAUUGCAAAGGUCGUAAAGGUACCAUCUCUUCUUCGGUUCCAGUUCAUCCACUUCUUGUUGUUCUGGCAUUUUCCUCGGAUUUUUGCUUUUUCGCUUUGGUGAGGUACCCGAAAGCGAGAUCAUGAAGUCUUUGGUACCUUUGGCAUUUGUCUUGGCCACAUCGUCAGGUUUUGCUCCUCGAGAGCAUCAUUAUUAUCGCCCUAACCAGCCGGCCAGGACCAACGCUUUGGUACUUCAGGCUGAAUCUACUGCCGCCGUGCUAGCAUCGGCCGACUCUCAACUCGCACAAUUGGCGUCCAUGACGACACUGUCUAUUGACAUUGGCGACCUCCAAGUGAUUCAACUGUACGCCAGUACUGGAUACAUUACCGAUGCUACCACCAAUCCACUGUUCGUGUCACAGGCGGGGCUCAGCGGUGACCCACUAUACGCUAACAUGGUAGACGACGCCGUCUCCUACGCCUUGCAGCACACCAAAAAUAGCCCCUUGCACGACGACCCUUCGGAAUCCGCAACGGUAUCCCUCGCGAUUGAUCGGCUCGCGGUCAAUCUCGGCAAGGCUAUUGCAGACAUCGUACCAGGAUACAUUUCUACCGAAGUCGAUCCGCGCUUGUCGUUCGACACCGAGGCAUCUAUUCAACGCGGUCUCCGCAUUAUCGACAUGUACGAAACUCUAGGGGUGCCGAAAUCACGAGUUCUGAUCAAACUAGCCGCUACGUGGGAGGGAAUUUUGGCCGCCGAACAGCUACAAGCCCGGGGGAUACAGUGUAACUUGACACUCGUCUUUUCUCUCACGCAAGCGAUUGCGUGUGCGCAAUACGGUGCCCACUUGAUUUCGCCCUUUCCCGGACGAAUCCUCGAUUGGUACAAAACGAAAGAGGGCCGGACGCAAGGUGUCGAGCCCGAGCAGGACGAAGGUGUCGUCGCUUGUCGUAACAUGUUCGCUUACUUUAAAACACACGGACACUCGACGAUUUGUAUGCCGGCAAGUUGGCGACCUUCUCGUGGAGCGGGAUACGAUCUAGACGAGAUUUUGGCGUUGGCGGGAACGGACCGCAUGACCAUUCCGGCGCCACUGCUGGAGCAAUUAGCCUCACGUACCGACACUGUCGAACGGCAACUGGACGCCGGACGGGUUGAAAAAAUGGAUGAACUUGGCAAUGGAAAGAUGAGCGAAAAAGAAUUCCGUUAUCGAUUAAACAUGGAUGGCUGCGGUACAGAUAAGCUAGCUGAAGGAAUUCGUGCUUUUAUUGGAGAGACGGAAAAGCUAGAAAAAGCUAUUGCCGAGAAGAUUCGCACAGCUGUAUCAGUGGCAAAGUAAAUGCGCUGAUUUGAGGACCAU